AUGGAGCGCCUCACUUUGCGGCCGAGCUCGGCGCUGGUGGCGCGAGGCAACUACACGUACCUGUCGGGACACAGCCUUCUGCUGCUCGGCAGCCUGCCGGUCCGGUCCGGCCUUCGGCGGCAAAGGCAGCGGAGGAGGGAGAGGAGGCAGCGGCAGCAACGCCAGCCGCGUCGGCAGAGUGAUGGCCAGGGCUUUGGCCCUGAGUUCCGAACUCUUCGCGGCGGUGCUCAGUCCAAGCAGGAAAAGCUCCUGGCGGGCCUCGCUGCUUUGAUAAGCAGCUGCCAGGAGGAAGAGGAGCAGGAAGCGCCGCGGCGGCCGCCUUCGGAGGAGGACGGUCUGUUUGAGGCUUUGCGGAGCCUGGUGGAGCGCCGGCCGAGCAACUUGCUGCAGGAGCUCAAAAGCCUUGUGCAGAAGUUCUCGCGAGGCCAAAGGACCGUCACGGCCGAAGGCCAGCAGGCCCUUGCCAAGUCAAAGGGCAAAGGCAAGGGCGCCGGGGCGCCGGCCAAAGGAGGAGGACCCAAGCCCGUGACCCAGCCGGUCUGCGAUGAGGGCGAAUGGGUGGCGGUCAUGAAGGGGCGGCAGCAGAAGCAUGCUAAACCUAAGCAGGCCCAUGCGCAGGCGAAGCCAGAAGUCGGACGGGCCAGGCCAGGUGACUGGACGCAUCCGAAAAUGCGCUUGGAGGAGGUCAGGCGGUGGUCGCUCAUGUGGGACCUCAUGGCGGCGUACGACAAGGUGCCGGUCACGUUGGUCUUCAACUACGACACCGGUGUGGGCUUCCCGGACGAGUUCGAGGAGGUGCAGGGGUUCAAACCGGACCUUUGCCAAAUGCCCUUGGUCUUCACGAACGGGCUGCGCUUCGUCCGGCGCAACGUGGUCAAACGGGGUGAUGGUGCCCCGUUGCUCAAGGCGAAGACCAUGCAGGAGCUUCGCCUUUGGGCCAUGGUGGCGUGCCCCGGCCUGGGCAGACAGUGGCGGGACAGCUGGGGCUGGGAGGCUCGAGCCCAGAUCCACGAGGUUCAGGGCCUGAUCCGGGUGGAUCUGGCUUUGGCUACGGCUCUUCUGAGCCAAAGCGGCAGGGCGCACAUUGGAGGCCGCUGGUUGCUGGAGCCGCUCAGAUGGGAGGCGCCGUUGCAAGGGAUCUUCAAGCACCCGCCUUUGGUGCAGUGGGUGGAGGAAGCCGAUCUCGCCCGAGCGUGUGCCCAGGCUGACAGGGACGCAAGCAGCUUUGGCAUGGGCCUGAGGUGCCGACUGUGGCGUUUUCACGGCAUCCCGAUGAAGUGGCAGUUUGUCGCCAAGGUGGAGAUCCUUGAGCGGUUCAAGUGGCGGGGCAAGGCGGGCUGGAGCCUGAGAGCUUCUCGCAAUGAUGCGUUGGACCACCUGGUCCUGGAGGUGGAGGGAGAGUCGGUGCUGGCCUCAUGCUGCUGGAGCGCCGGCCAGAGGCGGCCAGGCAAGCCUCUCAGGUGUGAUGCGGCGGUUCGCGUCACCGACCGCCCGGCUGCGGUGACCCGAGCCGGCGAGGCCAUGCCUUUCACGGCGGCGGUGCGCCAUAAGGCGCCGGAGCCGGACAAGGCUCAGGAUGAUGCGGAGAUGCCGGCCGCUGAGGGCCCCACUAAGCGCGCGAACGGUCCAGCCCUGGGACCUGCGUCCAAAAAGCAGAGCACUGAGGCCUACCUGGAUGCCGUCGCCAAGCCUUCCUCUUGGGGUUCUGCCCUCGAGAUUCAGGCGCUGGCCCACACGGGCGACAGGCCCAUCUUCGUCUUCGCGCCGGCUGAGGGUAACACCCUGGUCUUCACCGUGCACUUUGAGGCGUUGGAAGGCGAGAUCUCGCUUGACGACUCAUAG